GUCCGGCCGCGCGUUCCAAGCGAGUGUGCGCGUCCUUCUUUGAUGUCGUAUCUCGGCGCCGUUUACGCGCACGGCCCCCGAGUACACGCGAGUGACCCCCGCGCAUAGAGAGGACGAACGAGCAGGAGCCGCGACGGCCACCGAGGAUGGCGUCCGACGACGAGGUCGAAGAGAGCUACGCGGGUGAGGACGACCCAGAGGAGGCCGGAGCUCCUGUGGCGAACGUAGGUCAACAGGUGGACGGUUCUUCCGAAGCGGAAGAGUCGCAGAGAUUGGUACGAUUGGAGGAGGAUGACGAUUACGAGCCCGAGGAGAGGAAGAAGAAGAAAGGGAAAAAGCGAAAAGCUCGCAGCGAGGACAAGAAGGGGAAGAAGAAAAAGAAGAAGAAAAAAUCCGACUCCGGGGACGAGAGCGACUAUGGCGGCGGCGAGGUCGGCGAGGGCGGAGGGGACGACAGCGAUUACGCGAGCAACCGAAAAAGCCGGAAAUCGUCCUCGAGGAAGUCCUCGGGCCAUGGCGCCGCGACGCCCCAGAGUCAGGAGCCCACCACCGGGAUGCCGACCAUAGAGGAAGUCUGCAGCACCUUCGGGCUGACCGACGUCCAGAUCGAAUAUUCCGACGCCGAUUUUCAGAACCUUACGACGUACAAGCUGUUCCAGCAGCACGUCAGACCUCUCCUGGCCAAGGAGAACCCCAAGGUUCCGAUGUCGAAGCUGAUGAUGCUGGUGGCCGCGAAGUGGAGGGAUUUCUCCGAGCUGAACCCCCACACGCAACCAGAGGCCGAGAUGUCCUCGGGGAACGUGGACGACGACGGCAGGGGCUCCAGGGCGAACCGAGGUGGACCCGUCCUCGAGGUCGAGGACGAUGAAGACGACGACGAGGACAGCGAUCGGAAACGCAAGUCCAGGGGCUCCAGGGCGAAAAAAGGGAAGAAGGCCUCGAAGGUGCCCACCCUGAAGAUCAAACUGAGCAAGAGGAGACGAGGCAGCUCGGACGAGGAAGCCGAGGGGAGCGGCGUCGGCUCCGACAGGGAUUCGGACAUGGAGUUCGAGCAGAUGCUGGCCGACGCCGAGCAGGUACCCGGAGGCGAGGGCAGCACCAAGGGAAUCGAGGAGAGCCCCGUGGAGCCCCCCGCCGAGCCCGUCGUUCGACGGAAGGCCAAGACCAAGAUCGGGAACAAGACGAAGAAGAAAAAGAAAACGAAGACCACCUCCAAGUUCCCCGACGGCGAGGAGGGCCUUCAGACCGACCACCAGGACUACUGCGAGGUGUGCCAGCAAGGAGGGGAGAUCAUCCUCUGCGACACCUGUCCCAGGGCGUAUCACCUGGUGUGCCUGGAGCCCGAGCUGGAGGAGACUCCAGAGGGGAAGUGGAGCUGCCCUCACUGCGAGGGAGAAGGAGCUGCCGAGGACGACGACGAGCACAUGGAGUUCUGCAGGGUCUGCAAGGACGGUGGCGAACUCCUUUGCUGCGACAGCUGUACCAGUGCUUAUCACACGCACUGUCUGAAUCCUCCCUUGUCGGAGAUACCCGACGGCGAUUGGAAGUGUCCCAGGUGUUCCUGUCCCCCUCUCCAGGGAAAGGUCGCCAAGAUAUUGACCUGGAGGUGGAAGGAGUGCUCCGACGGACCUUCCGAGGAGCCCUCGACGAGCAAGGCCGCGCCCAAACAGCGAAAGAGUCGCGAAUUCUUCGUCAAGUGGGCCGACAUGUCCUACUGGCACUGCGACUGGAUCACCGAGCUGCAGCUCGACGUGUUCCACCCCCUCAUGUUUAGGAACUACUCGCGCAAGUACGACAUGGACGAGCCUCCGAAGCUGGAGGAGCCUCUCGACGAAAGCGACACCCGCGUCAAGAGGCUCAAGGAACAGGACGGAGCUACCAACCGCGACGAGUACAACCUCGAGGAGAGGUUCUACCGAUACGGCGUGCGUCCCGAGUGGUUGGUUGUCCACCGCGUUAUCAAUCACAGAUUGCAACGCGACGGCAGAGCCACCUACCUGGUCAAGUGGAGGGAGUUGGGCUAUGACCAGGCCACCUGGGAGGACGAGCACGAGGACAUCCCUGGAUUAAAGCAGGCCAUCGAGUACUAUCUCGACCUGCGGGCCGCGAACUGCAGCAGCGACGGGACCACCUCUCGGAAGGGCAAAAAAGGAAAAGGGAAGAAGUCCAAGACCCGGGAGAUCAUCGACGACGAGGAGAGAACGCCGAAGAGGUACACGCCGCCCCCGGACAAGCCCACGACGGACCUGAAGAAGAAGUACGAGAGGCAGCCGGAUUAUCUAGACCAAACCGGGAUGCAGCUACAUCCUUAUCAAUUGGAGGGUCUCAACUGGUUGAGAUACUCCUGGGGUCAGGGCAUCGACACCAUCCUGGCCGACGAGAUGGGUCUUGGUAAGACCAUCCAGACCAUCACCUUCCUCUAUUCCCUGUACAAAGAGGGCCACUGCAAGGGGCCCUUCCUCGUCUCGGUUCCCCUCUCGACGAUCAUCAACUGGGAGCGAGAAUUCGAGACUUGGGCCCCGGACUUCUACUGCGUCACGUAUGUCGGCGACAAGGACAGUCGCAUAGUGAUCCGCGAGAACGAGCUGUCGUUCGAGGAGGGCGCGGUGAGAGGUGGACGAGCCUCGAAGAUCCGCUCCUCGCAGAUCAAGUUCAACGUCCUGCUGACGAGCUACGAGCUCAUCUCCAUCGACUCGGCCUGUCUGGGCUCGAUAGACUGGGCGGUCCUCGUCGUGGACGAGGCCCACCGGCUCAAGUCGAACCAGUCCAAGUUCUUCCGACUCCUGGCCUCGUACAACAUCGCCUACAAGCUCCUCCUGACCGGGACGCCUCUCCAGAACAACCUGGAGGAGCUGUUCCACCUGCUCAACUUCCUCUGCAGAGACAAAUUUAACGACCUCGCGGCUUUCCAGAACGAGUUCGCCGACAUCUCGAAGGAGGAGCAGGUGAAGAAGCUCCACGAGAUGCUGGGGCCUCACAUGCUGAGGAGGCUGAAGGCCGACGUGCUGAAGAACAUGCCCAGCAAAUCCGAGUUCAUCGUCAGGGUGGAGCUGUCGCCAAUGCAGAAGAAGUACUACAAGUACAUCCUGACGAGGAACUUCGAGGCGCUCAACCCGAAGGGCGGCGGCCAGCAGGUCUCUCUGCUGAACAUCAUGAUGGACCUGAAGAAGUGCUGCAACCAUCCCUAUCUGUUCCCGGCGGCCUCGCAAGAGGCGCCCACGGGGCCCAACGGGAACUACGAGACCUCCGCGUUGAUCAAGGCCGCCGGCAAGCUCGUCCUCCUCAGCAAGAUGCUCAAGAAGCUCAGGGACGACGGGCACCGCGUGCUCAUCUUCUCCCAGAUGACGAAGAUGCUCGACAUCCUCGAGGACUACCUCGAAGGCGAGGGGUACAAGUACGAAAGGAUCGACGGGAACAUCACCGGCACGCAACGGCAAGAGGCUAUAGAUAGGUUCAAUGCUCCCGGAGCGCAGCAGUUCGUCUUCUUGCUGUCGACGCGCGCCGGAGGAUUAGGUAUCAAUUUGGCGACCGCGGACACUGUGAUAAUCUACGACUCCGACUGGAACCCGCACAACGACAUUCAGGCCUUCAGCAGGGCCCACAGGAUCGGCCAGGCGAACAAGGUCAUGAUCUACCGGUUCGUCACCCGUAACUCGGUGGAGGAGAGAGUCACCCAGGUCGCGAAGCGCAAGAUGAUGCUGACCCAUUUGGUCGUACGACCCGGAAUGGGGGGAAAGGGGGCCAACUUCAGCAAGCAGGAGCUGGACGACAUCCUUCGAUUCGGUACGGAGGAGCUCUUCAAGGAGGAGGAGGGCAAAGAGGACGAAGCCAUCCACUACGACGACAAAGCCGUAGCGGAACUCCUGGACCGAAGCAAGGAGGGCAUCGAGCAGAAGGAGAACUGGGCCAACGAAUACUUAAGCUCCUUCAAGGUCGCCUCCUACGUGACGAAGGAAGGCGAGACGGAGGAGGAAGCCGAUACGGAAAUCAUCAAGCAGGAGGCGGAGAACACCGACCCCGCGUACUGGAUCAAGCUGCUUAGGCACCACUACGAACAGCAGCAGGAGGAUAUUGCCAGGACUCUGGGGAAAGGUAAACGCGUCAGGAAACAGGUCAAUUACAACGAUGGAGGAGUCACCGGAGACCAGGGAGCCAGGGACGAUCAGCCCUGGCAGGAGAACCUGUCGGACUACAACAGCGACUUCAGCGCUCCGAGUGACGACGACAAGGAGGACGACGAUUUCGACGAGAAGGGCGACGGAGACCUCCUGUCGCGUAGAAGCAGACGUCGACUGGAGAGACGGGACGAAAAGGACAGGCCGCUUCCUGCUCUUCUUGCCAGGGUUAACGGAAACAUCGAAGUACUUGGAUUUAACGCGAGACAACGAAAGGCCUUCCUCAAUGCCAUCAUGCGUUACGGAAUGCCACCGCAGGACGCCUUUAAUUCUCAGUGGUUGGUCAGGGACUUGAGGGGGAAGUCGGAAAAGAACUUCAAGGCGUACGUCUCGUUGUUCAUGAGACACCUGUGCGAGCCCGGAGCCGACAAUGCCGAGACCUUCGCGGAUGGGGUGCCCCGAGAGGGUCUCAGUCGACAGCACGUCCUCACGAGGAUCGGAGUGAUGAGUCUCAUCAGGAAGAAGGUUCAGGAGUUUGAGCACAUAAAUGGAUACUACUCGAUGCCUGAAAUGAUUCGCAAGCCCGUCGAACCGGUCAAAGUGGAGGGAGUCGGUGACGCGGCAACCGGGACGAGCAGCACCAGUGCCACGCCGGCCACUUCGAAUGCUCCGAGCCCCAGUCCUGCUGCCACUCCGACCCCCACUCCGUUGAACAGUGCAAGCGAAGGAAUCAAAUCGGUCGGUGACACCGAUGGCAAGGAAUCCAGGGACGAUGCGAAGGACAAAGAGAUGAUAGAUGGAAAGGACUCGAAAGAGGACCAGAAAGAGUCGAAGGAGGAGGACGAGUCGAGCCAUCUGGACAAGGACAGAGAAAAGGAAGAGAUCAAGAAGGAAGAAAUGAUGGAGGUCGACCCGGAUCCCGCCGACAAGGAGAAAGAAAGGGAAAAGGAGAAACCCGAGGCGAAGGAGGAGAAGCCCCUCGUGAAGUUGGACGAGAAGAUGGAGAGCAGCGAGGGGAAGCCGAAGUCGGAGCCCGAGGAGGACGUCGUCAUUGUCAAGGACGACGAAGAGGAGGUCGAAAAGAAGGACGACAAGGAAGCCAAGGAGAAGGAGGUGAAGGAGUGCGAGGCCGAGGUGAUGAAGCCGAAGCGCAAGUUCAUGUUCAACAUCGCCGAUGGCGGCUUCACGGAGCUCCACACUCUCUGGCAGAACGAGGAAAAAGCCGCGGUACCCGGAAGGGAGUACGAAAUCUGGCAUCGAAGGCACGACUACUGGCUCCUGGCCGGCAUCGUUACCCACGGAUACGGACGUUGGCAGGACAUUCAAAACGACAUCCGGUUCGCCAUCAUCAACGAGCCCUUCAAGAUGGACGUGGGGAAGGGCAACUUCCUCGAGAUAAAGAACAAGUUCCUGGCGCGGCGGUUCAAGCUCCUGGAGCAGGCGCUAGUGAUCGAGGAGCAGCUGCGCAGGGCGGCGUACCUGAACCUGACCCAGGACCCGAACCACCCGGCGAUGAGCCUGAACGCGAGGUUCGCCGAGGUCGAGUGCCUGGCCGAGUCGCACCAGCACCUGAGCAAGGAGAGCCUCUCCGGCAACAAGCCGGCGAACGCCGUCCUCCACAAGGUGCUGAACCAGCUCGAGGAGCUGCUCUCGGACAUGAAGUCGGACGUGAGCAGACUGCCGGCCACCCUGGCACGCAUCCCGCCGGUGGCGCAGCGGUUGCAGAUGUCGGAGCGAUCGAUCCUGAGCCGACUGGCCGCGACCGCGCCCGGUGGAGGCGCCGCCCAGUCCGGCCAGGCCGCCCUCCUCGCCCAGCAGUUCCCCGCUGGGUUUUCCAGCGGCCAGCUGCCCGCCACCUUCGCCGGGGCCGCCAACUUCGGCAACUUCCGGCCUCAGUACUCGGUGCCUGGCCAGCCGCCCCAGGGGUUUACCGCUUAAACGCGCGAGCUGGCUGACGAGACAGUUCGACAGGACUCGGGAGAGGCGAAGGACUCUCCCCGGACCGGACCAGGAAGGACAGUCGGGCGGGGUCUGCGCUCCAGGCCUCGUUCGCUCGACUCACCCCCGGGAUUGCCGAGCGCCGAAGCGUCGACGACCUCCAAGAAUUCCUAGACAGGGAUCCGACGGUUCUGUAUUUAUUGCGACGUACGUGUGUGUGUACAGUUUCGGUGCCGGGCGUCACUUCUCGGGCCCGUCGGCGAGGCCGAGUCGAAGUUUUCAGGUUAUGACGCGGUCGCCUGCAAGAGGCCCGGGUUCGAGUUGGAGGUUAGGUUGCGAAGAAAGGGAGGGGGCGCGCCACUCGAUGACCGACGCCUGGUGCGCGACGAAGUUACGUCUUACUUAACCUAAUUUAAGCCCUUGACGCGCCCGCGCUAUUAAUUUAUUCGUAAGAGUCUCCCCAGCAAUAAUAUCCUCCGACGCAGGCACGAGACCGGAGGCUUCGGCGGGCUACGCGCGAUCGUAAGGUCGGUGGGUUGCUUCGCAGCGAAGCCGGAUUUUAGCAGCGAGCCAGGGCUCUGCGUCCGGGAGAAUUCGUUCGAUGUGCUACGAACACUGCUCGAUGUAGAGGUCUCGAGGAGAGGUCGGGCAUGCCGGUGGUAGAGCGUACAUUGAUUGUAUUACUCGUUUAAAGACCUUUUAAGUAGAGUAACGGUGAUGCCCGAUGGGUGUAAGGGGAUCGACGAUCGUAAACUAUGCAGUGAACCUCUUCGACCUCCCUUGUUUUCCAGUCGACUCCUAGAGAUCCUUCGCAUCGGAUAGUGGUAUCAUCGAGAGUCGAGGAACACUGCGUGAGAGGUGCGACGUGCGUGUGCGAGUGCGAGUGCGUAAGAAUUCUCUCGGUCUUUUUUACUCAAUUUUCACGAGACAAGAAGGGACAUUGGAUAUACUUUCUUUUUCCGAUCGACAGAUGUGCCGAGACACCUCGGCAGUUGGUUAGAUUUUUAGGAGCGUAGGUUUAGGAUGUCGGUUAAGGAAUUAAAUGAGGAUAAUUGAGUGACAGUGAGAGAGAAAGCGCCGCGAGUUUCAUGGAAAGUAAGUAGCACCACUCGGAAUGGUUUGUUGUAUGUAACAUUCCUGUCUGUGGAAUAAAUUAAUAAUUACAAGGUGCA